CUUAUCUUUCCGCGAUGGCGAUCAACACUGAUGCCGCCUUUGGGAAAAGUGCCCUCGGCGAGAGGGAAGUUUCAAACCCCACCGACUUCCAGGACACGGAGAAGCUGCUGGGCGCCCCCACCACCGAGCACAGCGGGCAGACCAACAUCAAAUCCUCCGACUCCUUCUCCCUCAACAUCCGAGGGAGCGUCCGGUCCCUGGACUCGGAACAGACCGGACACAGGUCGCCGCUGAAGUCGGGCUCCGUCGGGCAGCUGGUGGCCCCACCCAGGUCCACGUCCCGGCUGAGCCUGGGCCCGCUGCCCUCCCCGGUGCCGCCCGGGUCUGUGCCCCCCACUUACCUCUGGCUGGCCGUGCUGUCCUGCUUCUGUCCCGCGGUGCCGCUCAACGUGUGCGCCCUGUGGUACGCGAAUGUGUCCAGGUCUGUUCUCACUAGUGGGGAUAUUGAAGGAGCCAGGAAAUAUGGGCGUCUGUCUAUGCUGUUCAGCUGUCUGGCAAUUCUGCUGGGUGUGGCUGUCAUCAUCUUCAUAGUGUUCACAAUAGGUAUGAAAAAAUAA